CAAAACACGUUUCCUCCAUCAACACAGAACUGAAGAACCCUUGAAGGAAUCAUCUUUAGAUGAGUUCAGUUGUACCUCGGGGAACGUAGUUAGUUGUAUCUUUGGGAGAUAGUGAAACAUGGGUGUCCAAGAAACUGGGAAUGAUGAAAAUAAAGGAACAAAGAACAAGUACAGAAGAAUGGAUUCUGAGCUUACCGAUUAUGGUAAUAAUGAUCCAGAGGUUGUACAAUACAAUCAGACACAGCGACAAAGAAGCAAGAGAACCAGAAAGUACGUUUUUGCUUGUGCUGUUUUCGCAUCUCUCAACAAUGUCCUUCUUGGCUAUGAUGUCGGUGUUAUGAGUGGAGCAAUCAUAUUCAUCCAAGAAGACCUAAACAUCACAGAGCUUCAGGAAGAGAUUCUCAUAGGUAGCCUAAGUGUCAUCUCCAUAUUGGGUAGUUUGGCCGGAGGAAGAGUCUCCGACGCCGUUGGCCGGAAAUGGAGCAUGGGUCUUGCUGCAAUCAUCUUCCAGAUUGGUGCAGCUAUAAUGACCUUCGCUCCUACUUUCAAAUUUCUAAUGAUAGGUCGACUCCUUGCCGGAGUGGGCAUUGGAUUCGGUGUCAUGAUAGCUCCUGUCUACAUCGCCGAAAUUUCUCCGACUAUCUCUCGAGGUUCAUUCACCUCAUUUCCCGAAAUAUUCAUAAACCUGGGGAUUUUACUAGGUUAUGUAUCCAACUAUGCGUUUUCUGGAUUUUCUUCCCACACAAAUUGGCGAAUCAUGCUCGCAGUUGGAAUCCUUCCGUCUGUUUUCAUAGCAUUUGCAAUAUUCAUAAUCCCGGAAUCACCAAGGUGGUUAGUGAUGCAAAAACCGAGUCGAUGA